AUGAAGGAUUAUCUUGCCGGUACACACAAAGAUGCCGCUGAAGUGAAAGACGAAAUUAAGCAGUACUUGAAGGCUUUUCAGGAUUCUAAGUUUGCUGCCCAAUGCAAUUUUAAAGAAAACGUCGAAAGUGGGGCAUAUUACACCGGUAUUAGCGCUAGUGUUAGCAAUCGGCAUGUGCAUGUGGUGAGUGAAGGAGGAUCACAACCGACCGAAAAAAUGCCACCGGCGAGUGCUAAAGCGCACCGGAAUCAAGUUUUUUGGAUAUCGGGAGAUUCUUUUACGAGAAUGGUUUUUAUGAAAACGAUUGAUGCAUCAAAUUGCGUUAAAGAUGCUCAAAAAUUUUUUGAAUUGCUUGAUGGGGUUAUUGAAGAGAUUGGGGAAGAUAUAGUCGUUCAAGUGGUGACCGACAACGCAAGUAACUACAAAAAGGCCGGAGAGAUGUUAAUGAAGAAGAGGAAGAAAUUGUAUUGGACCCCAUGUGCUGCCCAUUGCAUCAAUUUGAUGCUUGAAAAAAUUGAGGAAUUACCACAACACAAAAAUGCUUUACUUAAAGCAAAAAAAGUUAGCAAUUUCAUUUAUAAUCAUCAAUGGGUGUUGAGUUUGGCAAGAAAGAUUCUUGGAAAAGAUCUUCUUCGACCCGCCGCCACAAGAUUCGCCACGAAUUUUUUGACGAUUCAAAGUCUUUAUGAUUCUAAAGAUGCUUUGCAACAAAUGUUCGUUUCUAAUGAUUGGAAGAAUUGUGCUUGGGCUACGAAAGACGAUGGAAAAAAUGUAAAGAUAAUAAUUAUGGAUGUGAGAUCUUUUUGGCCUAGUGUGGUCUAUACCCUUCAAACCACAAGCCCACUAGUUGAAGUGUUGAGGAUCGUUGAUGGUGAGCAAACACCCGCAAUGGGAUUUCUCUAUGGAGCGAUGGACGCGUGCAAAGAAAAGAUUACAAAGAACUUGAAUAAUGUCGUCGCUUCUUACAAAGAGAUAUGGAACAUCAUCGAUGAAAAAUGGGACUUUCAAAUGCACCGCGAUUUGCAUGCGGCUGCCUACUAUCUAAAUCCUAAAUUUCGAUGGAGUCCCGACGUUUCACAGCAUCCAGAGAUUAAGAGAGGGUUGUAUGAUGUCAUGGAACGACUCGUGAUGGAUACCGAAGUGUACAUGAAGAUUGAAGAACAACUAAUUCUUUACAAGGAAAAGAAAGGAUAA